UACCUAUCGCCGGAUUCUAAUCCGCUCAGUUUUCUUGUUGAUACUUCCGGAUCCGGUUACCGAAAUACAAAACCCCGCAAUUUUCUGAAUUUUUGUAAAGAACAUUCUAUUUGGCUGGUACCUAAAUAGGCUAUGCCAAAAUCCAAAGAAUUCAUCUCAGACUCGGAAUCAGACUCUGAUAAUGAAGCACCUAAGAAAAAGAAAACAAAAGUAGAGAAAAAAGUAGAAAAGAAGGAACCUCCAAAAUCAGCAGCAAGCUCUGCCCCAGGAAAAGCUGGAGAAAGAACUUUUCAGAUUUCUAGGAACAGAUGGGUAUCAGUUAGCGAGUUCAGAGGCAAAGUGAUGGUAGGAAUUAGGGAGUUCUAUGAAGCUGAGGGUGAAUUAAGGCCUGGAAAAAAAGGUAUUUCUUUACCUCUGGACCAAUGGGAAAAGUUGAAGAACCAGUUUGAUGACAUUGACGAAGCUGUGAGGGAAAUGAGCAAAUGAAAUAUGUCAACAAGAACCAACCUUAAAAGACAGAUCAUUUGCUUAAGUGAAAACAUUUGUUAAAGACCUAUCAUUUGUAAAGACCAUGGUCUAGUAUCAUGUUUUGUUAAACUUGAUAUACAUGUACAUGUACAGAUUGAGAAAAAAAGAUUCUUCGAUAGUUUUAAAUACAAUGCACAAGUUGAUCAUGAGGAAAAGUUGAUUUAUCACUGAAAUUUGUUGACAUUUUUUUUUUAUAAAGAUGAAUUCAUAAUAUUUUAUUGGUAUACAAAUUAUCAAGUAAAUGAAAAAGUAAGAUUUUUAAUGUUAAAAUGAAUUUAAUUGUAAAAUUUUCUCUAACUAAUGUUGAUAAUUUAUGAUGUUUUAUACCUUCUAGCCGUCCUUUAUUUAUGUCAUUUAUUCUUAAGGUGCUGACUUGCAGUUCCCUGUCUUAUGUAAAAUUUACUGCAUAUUUCUUUGUUGACGUACAUUUAGUUGUUGAAUGUCUCAUACAUGUACUAUAUCAAACAUUGUCAUGAAAAUAAUAAAAUUAUUUUUGGGCAUUA